ACUUAUCUUGAACGCUUUCCCAGGUCUUCUAGAAAUGUCAAUCUAGGCUUGACGAUACUUAGUGUCAUCCACCAGCCAGUAACUAAUUAUACGUCUGUUGAGUUACCUGGGUUGACGCGGCUGAAUAAAGCUCUUCUCUUUCGAGCCUCACGGUCGCGGGACUGGUGAUAAGGUGCAGUCAUUCGCCAUCGUUGUGUUUCGCAAUGUAUAUGACUCCCCAGUAUGAUUUGUCAAAUUUCGGCGGCUGUCGCUUUCUUUAUUUGCAGGGGGUUAGGACAGCUGAGUGCAGAUCAAGUGGAAGCAGAGGUAGAAGCUGUUCCAGGGGUUUGGUUUGACGGUCAGCUUCGAUCAGUCUGCUAUACCUAUAUUACGACGGUGUUGAUCACGGUCCAUUCUGAUGGCGACGGUACCUCACUCGCUGAGGAACGUCCAUCUAAGUCUUCGGGCGACGACAAGGACGUGACACGUUCAGCCGACGGGAUUUUGACGGAGCCAAUGAUUAAGAGCAAUCUCGUGAGCUAUAGCAUGACAGGAGCACUAGAUAUCUCUAGAAGAUUACAGCCAGAAAGUGCAAAAAGUGAAGGGACCUCAGCUGGAGGAGUAACGGACACUGGCGCAACCAACGUAGGCACGUCAGGUGUAGGGGUAUCGGAUGGAGGCACUACAUCCGGAAGAGAAACGACGGGCGGUACCUCGAAUGCAGGGAACAAUACUGCAGACGCAACGGAUGGAAAUCUCAUGAACGGACUACCCCCUGAUGUAACUUCCACAGAUGAAAUUCCUUCUGAUGGAACUCCCCAAAUUGGAGCUCCUCCACAGGGAACUCCUGCACAUGAAUUUUCCACUGUUCGGAAUUCCACUGAUGACUUUCUCACAGGUGAGUUUUCCACAGAUGAAAGUCACGCGACAAAAGAAACCUCGUUUUCAAGCGAAUAUAUAGCAAAUUCCGCCACAUCUAUGGAGCAGUUUGCCAGCUUGGUGACUGUUAUGUCUGCUUCGGAUUCAAAUUCUUUUGCUACAGGGAGCCAAAUUUCUUCCCAUCCGGCAGAACCGUUAUCGAUUUCAACUCCCAGCACCGCAUUUCAGCCACCAGCUACGACUUUGAGUGAGAAUAUUUCGAGCCUCACCCAGCCGAGAUUAUCGAUUACGAAUAUUGCCAGCGUUGUGUCUUCUAUUUCUGAUGCCAUUGGUCUCAGUACUGGCGGUUUAAGAUUUUCUAGCAUUUCUGCUUCAUUAUUGACGGACAUACUAACCACUUUAGUGCCGACUGCCACAUCUUCGACCAGCGCCCUUACAGCUUCCGCUAUAUCCACUGUAAUCUUAAGUGUCGAACUUCAGGUUGUCAAUGAUACACAAAAACGAGAUUUGGAGCUGCAGACAAGGGACGAAAUAUCUGGCUACGUUGGUGAUGAGACUAUGUGGAACCCAAGCAAUUGUAGUGACGCGACAGUAUAUCGCCAGAGCAGAGGUCAACUUGUCGCCAUUUCCAAGAAGCGAACUCUUUCAGUGGAUCCUGGAGUGCCUUAUAUUAAUAUGGCUGACUACCCAGGAGGAUCAAUCGAAACAUGUGUGUAUUUUUCUAUCACUGUGUACACGUACUAGGCGUUCGACUGUUUGAGGCCAUGACCAAUUUGCUACCACAUUUCGCAGACACAAUCUUGUUUCAUAGUCUAUAUGGUUUGCUG